UAAAUAUAUAUGCAGAAUCAUAAUCAAAAUUAACCAUCAUCUAAUUAAUAACAUUAAAUGGGACCAUCUAAUGAAAUCCCUUCUAAUGCAAUCGGUUAGGUUUAAUUUCAUAAUAAUUAAUUUAGUCCCAGAAUGUCUAAUUGCACAAUCAAGACAAUCAUUCAAGAAUGUCUUAAAACUAAUAACCAAAUAAUCAAGAACAUUUGUAAAGUCAUGUUGAUUAAACUCAUUAAAAUCAUAAUAAACAUGAAGGAUAACAUUACCAUCCAUUGUAGAUGCCUUGUAAUUGGGAUAUAGCUAGAAAACAUGCUCUAUCAAGAAAAACUACAAGAGAGAAGUAGAAAGAUCCUACUAAGACUCUUAGUGGUAAUUUUUAUUUAUUUUCUUUUAAGUUGAGACUUGUCCAUGUUGUGGUUUUGAAGUUGAUAGAGAAUAAAUUCCUUAUUGUUCUGAUCCUAUGGCCUUGUCUUUUCUUGGCUCAGGAUUCACUUUGUUCUAUAAUUAUUUACGUUAUUGCAUUCUAAUACUCUUUAUCACUUUAUUGACAAAACAACUUUACAAUUUAUACACUAACUAUCAAGGCUCUUAUUGUAGUCACACCAAGAGAGAAAAAAUUGAAGGCCAUAUUGCGGAAAUACCUUUUUGUUCUGACUCCUGGUUUCUUAAGUUAUCUUUAGCUAAUAAAUUAGAGUAAUCUAUAAUCAAAAUUUAGCAAUCGACAAGCCAUGGAACAUGUUCAAAUCCUUAAUUUCUUAAAUCUCUUUAUUGUUAUGGGUGUAUUAUUAUAUUUCAGAAAAAGUUAAAGAUAAAUUGAUACAAAUAUUGAUGAAGAAUUAUUAACUCCUGCUGAUUACACUGUUUGUGUCAAAAAUAUUCCUACUGAAUUAGGAGUUGACUAUUAAUAGGAACUCAAAAAUUUGUUUGAAAAAGAAGCAGUUGUAGGAGAAUCAAUCGUUGUCAAAAAAGUUGUUCUUGUAUAUGAUAUUGAGGAUGUCAUUGUUAUAGAAAAAGAAUUAGAUUAAUUAAUUGAAAAAAAGAAAGAAUUGAUUGUUGAACAUAAUUAUAACUAUACUCAUUCAAGUGUUUUAGAAAUUAAUUAAAAAAUAGAAGAAAAAGAACAUGAAGUUCAUCAUUUAGAAUAAAAAUAUUAAUAAGAUUAUAAAAAAUUUGCAGGUAUUGCAUUUAUUUCUUUUGAUGAUGAAGAAAUGAAAAACAAAGUAUUAAGUGAAAAUCCACAUACAUAAUUUGAAAGAAUGAAAUCUUAUUUGAAUCAAGGUAAAUUACCUAAUUUGUAAGCAAAUGAUUUAGCUUGGCAUAAUUAAAAAUUAUUUAUAGAACAAGCUCCUGAACCCAAUGAAGUUGAUUGGGAAUUCAUACAUGUUAAAACUGAAUAAAAAAUUAGUAAAAGAAUCAAAGCUUGGGCUAUCUAUAUUUUAGUUGAAGCUAUAGCAUUUUAUUCAAUCUAUUUGAUAGCUCAUAAAGUUGCUAAAUAUGGUGAUGAAGCAAGAGAAGAAGAAAUCAAAGGUAAGCUAGAUCAUGAUGCCAUGUUAAAAAUUAAUAUUUUAUCUUAUGCUAUUUCUUUGAGUAUUGUGCUUUUUAACAAAUUUGGAGUUGCAAAAAUUGUUCAUUACAUUGUUGAUGAUGAAAAAAUAUCUAGUAAAACAAAAUUUUAAAUUUCUUUUGUUUAUAAGUACGCCUUAGCAUUAUUCUUAAAUGCAGCAAUAAUUAGUUUCCUUGUGGAUAUUGUUAUUUUAAAAAAUGUCGAAGGAGCAGGAGGAUUUUUAUAAAAUGAAAGUUAAAUUUUCAUUCUGAAUGCUGUGUUACCUCCAUUUAUAUGGUGUGUAGAUCCUUGGAGUGUUUGUAAAAACAUAUGGAGAUGGUAUUUAAUAAGGAAAGGAGAAAAAGCAUUGUUAACAUAAUAGGAAGCAAAUAAGUUAAUGGAGGAGCCUGAUUAUUUAUCAGCAAAAAGAUAUUCAGACAUAAUGAAAACAAUGUGGUUUACAUUUUUAUAUGGAACAGCUAUACCUUUAGGAACUGCAUGUAGUGCCUUUGGUAUUUUGAUUUAUUAUUAUGUUGACUAUUACAAUAUUUUAAGAAGAAGAACAGUAAAAGAAUCAAUAAGCAUUUAAUUAUCAACAGGUAAUAAAAAAAUUGAAUUAUGUUAUAGAAAUGAUCGAGAUGUUAGAAUACAUAAUAGUAUGGAGUGCAUUUGGAGAAAUGAUUAUGACUUAUGCAUUUUUCAAAGAGAUAAGUUUGUUAGAUGUUACAUUAAUGGUAAUUGCUAUCGUAUAUGCAUCUUUACCAAUGGAAGAUAUUUCUGAAAGAUUGUUUCCAGUUGUUAACAAUGAAUAAGUAUAAAAUGAAAUAAAAUUAUUAGAGCAAACCCUAUGACGAAGGAUGUUAGGGAUUUGAUACAGAUUAUGAUAGAGAAAACCCAAUAACUAGAAACAAGGCAAUAGAAGAAUGGAAUAAAAGGUAACAAGUACUUUUGAAUUCGAAUAACAAGAUUUAGAAAUAAUAUUAAUAGAAAGAUUAGUAUGGUUAUCAAAAUGAUGAUCAUUAUGGAAGGAAGUGA